AUGGCUGAUUUAAAAAUAUGUAGAAUAUGCUUAAGAACGGAAGCAAAAGUUUAUAAUUAUGAGCAAUACCAACUUAAGUCGUACUAUGAAGAAGUUUUAGCCUUAAAAGUACCGGAAUCCGAUGAUUUACCUCACUUUUUCUGUUUUGAAUGUGCAAUGCUAUUACAUAAAUUUCAUAAAUUUAAAGAGAAAUGUUAUUUUGGACAAAAAGUAUUAAAAGAGAUAUUGUGGAAGGGUCCUAUAACAUAUGAAGCUGUAUAUAAAAUAGAUAGAUAUGGUUUAAAUUUGGAGUCUCCGUUAGAAAUUAUAAUUUUAAAUUCAAAUGAAGAACAGUGUAUAACAACUAUUUCAAUUAAAGAAGAAAUAAAAGACCAAAGACAUGCAAAGAUUGAGAAUAUAGAGGUUGAUGAAGACACAUUAAUAGAAAAUACAUUUGUAGAAAUAGAAAUAGACACAGAUAAAAAAGAAAUCUUAGAUAUAGAUAAUGAAAAGGAAGAUGUGGUAUUGAUAACGAAAAAUAGAGAAAGUAAGAGACAGAAAGAGAAAUGUGAAGUGAAAAGUUGUUUAGCAGAUAAAGAUAAGUGGAAAAUAAUUGAUUUGACAGAAGAAGAAGCUGUUAAGGAAUUUAGAGAUAGAGCAAGUGAUGAAAAGUAUGUAGCCGCUGCUUACAGAUGUACAGAUUGUUUUAAAGGGUUUUCUAAAGAAAACAUGCUCAAAAGGCAUAAAACACUUGCACAUAACGAGUCUAAUAUGUUCGAGUGUCGCUUCUGUCACAUGCGCUUCAAAUGGAAGUGUCACGUGCGCAAGCACAUGAAGCAACACUACACUAAAUACGAGUGUCUGCGGUGUCACAUGGUGUGUCCCAUAGAAAAUACAGCCAUCCUUCAUGAGCAGUAUCACAGCGGAAUACUGUGGAAGUGCAAGUUUUGCACUGAGGAAUUUAGGCACUCGUCAACAUACUACACACACCUGCGCACGCACAGAAGUCAGUUCGUGUGCACUCUGUGCGGCUCCUCCUUCGUCAGCGAGGCGGGUCUCAACAUGCACAAGCGUCUCAAACAUUGUACCAGCGAUGAAUCUCCAGACGAUGAUGAAGAUCUGAACGCUUUUUGUUCUCGAUGCGAUAUUCGCUUCGAGACCCGAAAAGCGUAUGAGGAACAUUUGUUUCAUUCUGCUCUACACGGAGAGGUUGUCGUGGAUGGAAUUAAAAUAGAGAAGGCUGUACCUAUCCAGAGGAAGAUUUUGGCGAAGAAAGUUCAGAAUAAGAUCACUAAUUUAUUAAAAUCUCGAAAGUUCGAUGACGUUCCAAUAAAACCGGGGACUGGCGGGAGAAAGAGAAGGCAGAAAAGCAAACCGACAACAUGCCAUCAAUGCGGUAAACACUUCAGCACACAAGCGGCGUGUAUGAAGCACCACCUGGCGGAGCAUCCGCGAACGUCGUUCUUUGCGCCGGCGCAGAGACACAUUUGCGAGAUAUGCGGCGCCUCGCUUGCUCCGGGCAGCGUGGCGGUGCACCAGAACAUGCACAGCCGCGAGCGGGUGCACGCGUGCGGCGUGUGCGCGCGCCAGUUCCAUUCUAGCAUCGGCCUCAAACGACACAUGGUGACGCACACGGGAGAGAAACCGUUCGCGUGUUCUCUGUGCGAUAAACGGUUCACGCAAAGCAACAGUAUGAAGCUCCACUAUCGCACCUUCCAUCUCAAACAGCCGUAUCCUAAGAGAAAUAGAAGAAAAAAGAAGGAUGAUCAAAAGAAAAGUAUGUCAGAAGACAGUUGUAGUGAAGAGCCUCAAGAACAAAAGGAAUCUAAAGAAGCGGGAAUCGAACCCGCACUCGCACAGGCAGAGAACAGUGACAUUAACUAUUUGACACUCGGCUACCAAAAAUAU